CACCGUCCACCACCGAGCCACCAAGCGUGCGCCGUCCGGUCCAGGUGCAUGACACCGAAACGAUGUAUAUGCAGGUAUGUACCGACAUCCGUCUCGAUAGGAAAUUCAUUUGGAAAAGCAUUUUGUACGAAAGAAUUUCGUAAGGCAUCCUACGAACCGUUUCGUGCAAGAUGCGAUCGACUUGCUGUUAAAUGUUGACUCGUCAACAAUUGUCUGGAGCAAUAACUCGCUGUCAAUGUGCGUACGUAUGACGAUAAAAGGUGGUUUAUUUCUCAUUAAAUAUCGCAAGAGUAUUUAAUCAGUGAAAGCGAGCAUGGACGUCAGCUCACUGUUCAAAGCAAGCGUGAAGACUGUCAGUCUUCGUAACAAAGCUUUAGGAGUCGCGAACAAUGUAAAGAUUUUGAAGAAGUCAAAAAGUAAAAGUGCCUUCUUCGUGAAAGCCCAAGGAGUCGUAGCGCAAAUUUCGAAGCUACGUGAAUUUCUGUUAGAUAAUCGUAAGGCUUACUUGAACUUCUCCAACUACCUGUCAAAUGUACCCAGCAUGUCAGAUGCUGACCGCGACGAGAUAGAUAUCGGAGCACAGAAGAUCAUGAGCACCUGCUCUCAACUGAUCAAGGAACUCAGACGAGAGAUAGCGGAUUCGGAAGUUUCUCCUCAGAAUUUGGAGCACAGGGAAAUCAUGUUGCUGUUGAUAGAAGAUUACCUGAAGAACGUUUGCAAAGUCUAUUCCGAACAGAAAGCGAUGAGAGUGAAGCGGGCUAUGGAGAUAAGGAAAAUCGCCAGACUGGAAAUGGACUCGAAGCCCGGUAAACGCUCGGAGGAACGAGUGGAAAUGAGAAGGUCCAGCCAUAACGAGAGAACAGAGGAUAAGGAGAACAAAGUCAGUUCGAACGACUCCAGUCCUAUGAAGAUACAAGAAUUAAACGGGGACGUGAACGCCCUGACGUACGAGGAAGAAAUAUCGCCCGAGGACGCGCAGCUGUUCGAGGCGGAGAACGAACAACUGUACAACGAGCUGAACACGCUGACGGAAGAGGUGAAGCAGAUCGAGAGCAAGGUGGUACACAUAGCCGAGCUACAGGAGAUAUUCACUGAGAAGGUGUUGGACCAGGACAAGGACUUGGACCGUUUGAUGACGACGGUCGUCGCCUCGACGGAGAACGUGAAAGAAGCUAACGAUCAGAUCAGACAAGCUAUCCAGAGAAACGCGGGAUUGAGAGUGUGGAUCCUUCUCUUCCUUCUAGUCAUGUCGUUCUCUCUCCUCUUCCUGGACUGGUAUAAUCCUUAAAGUAUAUGUAAGCACACGCUGGUCAUUUUAUUAAGCUCUUUUUCUACGUACACCCGCGCGUACGAUGAUGUGUAUUAUAUGUAAAAUAUUUCUAUACGAUGGUAGUCGACGCGAUCCGACGGCAUCAUUCCUGGUUUGCUCGGUGCACCGUGUCACCUGUUGAACGACACUGAACAACGCUUUUUGCCAAAAUAUGUCAUUGUAUUUUAUCCCCAAACAUUUUACAUAAUAGCUACAUCUUACAUAAUAAAAUUUGUAUUAUAUGUA